UGAUUUUUGUUUGUAGCCGCCUCGUCCUCAAUGCCUCUCUGAGCAGCAUCUAGCGAGCGAGCGGGAGAAGGCGAGACAGAGAGGCAAAAGAGAAGAUGAGGAUAAUUGGCAGACAGCUUGUCUUGUUGUUUUCUGGCUUUUGGGGACUAGCAAUGGGAGCUUUUCCUAGCAGCGUGCAAAUAGGUGGUCUCUUCAUCAGGAACACAGAUCAGGAAUAUACUGCUUUUCGAUUAGCAAUUUUUCUUCAUAACACCAGCCCCAAUGCAUCUGAAGCACCUUUUAAUUUGGUUCCUCAUGUAGACAACAUUGAAACAGCUAACAGCUUCGCUGUAACAAAUGCCUUUUGCUCCCAGUAUUCUAGAGGAGUUUUUGCCAUUUUUGGACUAUAUGAUAAGAGAUCAGUACAUACCUUGACCUCAUUCUGCAGCGCCUUGCACAUCUCCCUCAUCACACCAAGUUUCCCCACGGAGGGUGAGAGUCAGUUUGUGCUGCAGCUGCGACCAUCUCUGCGGGGAGCCCUCCUCAGUUUGCUGGAUCAUUAUGAGUGGAACCGCUUUGUCUUCCUCUAUGACACAGAUCGAGGUUAUUCAAUACUUCAAGCUAUUAUGGAGAAAGCGGGACAAAAUAGCUGGCAAGUCAGUGCCAUCUGUGUGGAGAAUUUUAAUGAUGCUAGCUACAGGCGGCUUUUAGAAGACCUGGACCGAAGACAAGAAAAGAAAUUUGUAAUAGACUGUGAAAUAGAAAGGCUUCAGAAUCUUUUAGAACAGAUUGUGAGCGUGGGAAAGCAUGUUAAAGGAUACCAUUACAUUGUUGCAAACUUGGGAUUCAAAGAUAUUUCUUUGGAGAGGUUUAUGCAUGGAGGAGCCAAUGUGACUGGAUUUCAGUUGGUAGAUUUCAGUACCCCAAUGGUAACUAAACUGAUGCAGCGCUGGAAGAAGCUGGACCAGAGAGAAUACCCAGGAUCUGAGACCCCACCAAAGUAUACAUCUGCACUGACGUAUGAUGGAGUACUUGUGAUGGCUGAAACUUUCCGUAAUCUUCGAAGACAGAAAAUUGAUAUUUCACGGAGAGGAAAUGCUGGUGAUUGUCUUGCUAACCCAGCUGCCCCAUGGGGUCAAGGGAUUGAUAUGGAGAGGACAUUAAAACAGGUUCGAAUACAAGGAUUGACAGGAAAUGUUCAGUUUGACCACUAUGGUCGCAGAGUCAACUACACCAUGGAUGUGUUUGAGCUGAAGAACACAGGUCCUCGGAAGGUUGGCUACUGGAAUGACAUGGAUAAAUUAGUUUUGAUUCAGCAUGAACCUACACUGGGAAAUGACACUUCAGCCAUUGAGAAUAGAACAGUAGUUGUCACGACGAUUUUGCCUCUGAUGAAGAAUCCUAUUUUAAGAAAUUGAUCAAGGAAGAAAAGAGUCCCAAGAUGCUGCGAACAUUCCUAACUAAGGCUCAAGUAUUAACCACCAGUGUAGUAGCAUUGAGCUAAUUUUUCCAUAUGGAUUACUGUUCCUCUGACUGGAUGACCAGGCACUGAACCACCAAGAAAAGUUCUGUGACUAAUCUGAAAUGUCUAGAACAGAUGACGUUAACCUUCAACUUUGCCGAGCUAAGAAGAGAAAGAUGUGAAUAACAAGCUUUCAGUCGAAAUUUUCCUCUCAUAACAGUCUUGAUCCUUGACUGAAGCUGCCAUACAUGAAUACUGUAAUUUCCAUAAAUAGCUCCAAGCUUAGGAGAAGCAAGUAAAAAAAAAUAAUAAAAAGUAAUACAAAAGGUUCCUGCUUGCCUGAAAGGAAAAAAAGGAAAGCAAGAAAGCUUUUAAAAUGUGUUAUCUUGCCUGUUUGCAUUGAAGCAUUUUGAUGUGCAUAAUAAAUGUUAUCUUUGGAAGAGCUUUCCAGUCCCUGUAUUGAAAGGACUGGUGGGAUCAUUUUCGAAACCAAAAAGCUGAAUUAAUAUUCCAAAGCAUGCCCUAUGUUUAUGCAGCAUGUCACUUGGGGAUAAUUGCAAUUAUUUGAAAGCAGCAAUGCUUCUUGAUCAAAAAUGUCCCCUUUCCAUGUUUCCAAAUCACAGUGCAAGAGAAAUAUAUCAGAAUUUGGUUUGAAUAAGAAUAUAUGGUGAAUUCUGCCUUAAGCUAGUCAUGCACCUCUCCCUUUGACACCACUAGGAGCUGCAAACAUGAUUCUGAUGGCAGAUUAGACCCGUGAUUCUUAAUAUUGGCCUACUGGGCAAUGCAUUUGGAAUUCAGAAAUAUAUGAUCACACAGAAAAAGAGAUAUUUGUCAAGAAAAUCUUUCAGAAUCCUGUUAUUUUGCUCUUCUCUCUGUUAUACUCUUGUUGCCAAGGCAGAGACUUUUUGACCUCUUCGUUACCCUCUUCACAUUGGAAGGAAGUUGAACCGUUGUAGAUGACACAUAAUUUUGGUUGCAUGCAUAUUUUCCGACAUUAAACUGAAAAGCUCUGCAGCCAGUGCUGCCAGGCUUUUCAGUCUUCAAAGACAGGUGUCAUGGCAGAGCAAAAAUGUUUACAAGUUGUCAGCAUGGCUCACUUUAAUUUUUGCCCGAAACCAAAUAGCACAAGUUGAUUUGCCGACUAUUUCUUCAGUUUGUAUGUGUCUGUGCUUACUUUGCUGUAAUGUGGCUGUAUGGCUAUGAUGCAUGAUAAAGAAUUAGCUCUGCACUCAAAAAAAUUAGUACAGUGUUUUCUUCUCGGCAAAACGUUAUGUUCAUUUUUCAUAUAGUGAGAGUAUAUAGGGUUUAUUUUACAGUUUUGUUUUAGCAUGUAGGUACUCAACCUAUUUCCGGUUAUUCAUGUGGUGAAGGGGCAGCUCAGAGAAAUGCAGCAGCAGGGGCAGCUGAUAUGUGUUAUUCUCCCAGCUGCAGCUCAGUCCUGGUUAUUACUGUUUCUGGCAGAGCCCAGUGUCCUUCACCUCAUGUGGUACACAUCCUCCUGUACACCUGGCCUUCUCAGAAAGGACAAGUUUUCUUCCUGUGUGCAGAAAUGUUCCCCUUAGCCUACUUGAGGCCUCCAGGUACACAGUAGGCUCAUUAUAUGACUGGCGCAGGGAUGCCACGUGCAGCCGUCUGCUAAUGCUAAGGGAAGGCAAGUGGCUUAUCCAGCCCGGAAGAAUGAGUGUCACUAAUUUAGUAGACUGAGAAAUGCAGUGUGAGAUGUAGAGCUAGAACACAGAGGAGUAAGUUGGGAAGACUGAUCCAAAGUCUCUAAUCUAUUUAACGAUACAACCAACUCUGCACAUGCUCUAAGACUGCAAAAUUGAUAAAUCACAAGAAUCCUAUAGAACCAAAGCUCCACCUGCAAUGAGCUGCAUCUACAUCAUGACUUCCAGCUCAGUAUUUUAAUAAAAUAGACUUGGUGCAAGAGCAGGAUUCAGUUCAAGACUGAGUCAGCUAAACGUAGAUGUCUAUAAAGAGAGUUUUGAUUCAGUUACUCACGUAUAAAUACCCAGUGACGGUUAAGAUGUACUAGGAUAUCCUGCCUUCUCCCUGUUUCCUACACCAGUAGGAUGCUACUUCCCUGCAUGUUGUAUGCCAUAUUUGAGUAUCCCAUCUUGAUGUCUUAGUUAUUCUGUGUUGUUUCAGAUGUGGGCUGAAUUGUACCCCAUGUGUGUAAGCUUCCAUUAACGUUCACAAACACUUAAAGCUUGGUUCAGCUGUCCAUGCAUAUGUCCCUAGCACCCAGGGUCUCCGAGAUAUCCACAGAGGAGUAGCAGACAUAGGACCUGCAGAAGAUCUGUGCCUUCCAGAAUGGCACCUGGGGGCAGGCAGGAUAACUUAGGGCAUCUCAAGUGGCAGACACCUCCAUUAGGGGACUGAGUGGUUUUGACUGAUUUACUCUUGCCGUUUUUGGGCAUACUCUCGGUCCUACCUCAAAAAUCCUACCUUUAACCUUCUUUUUCAUAAUAGACAAUUUCUUUCAUUAGAAAUGUUAUUGAGUAAAUUCUUUAGUGGACUGGAGAAAAGUGAAAGUCUGUUGCAUGACAGUAGUAAGGUCUUCAAACCGAAUCCUGAACGCUUUAUUCAGAAAAAAAAAAAAAAAACAAUAAAAACUUCCAUUAAAUUCUAUAGAAGUUUUUUUCAGAAUAAAGUGUGUCCAACUGUCAUUCAUUUCCUACAAGACAUUUCCUUGCACAAAUUUUUGUCACUUUUGCAAAUUAUUUUUACAGUGUUUAAAGAUUUUGAAAGGAAGUCGAGCAUAGCUCUGUCUGAUAUUAGGCUUAGUUACUUUCUCCAGCUUCCCUUAUAGUAUGGAUCAUCAGUUGUGAGCAUUUUACUGUAUACAUGAAUAUGUGGGAAUGUGGUGGAAUGCUUUGUUUACAUCUAUAAAGGUAAUUGUUGCAGACAUCAACUUGUAUUUAUAAAUGUUAAGUAUUGUUAUAAAAUUGUGAAUUAUAUAAGUAAAGCUUGCACCAUUUCGAGUA